AAUACUUCGCCCCUACUAGCUUUAGCCCUCCCGGAGACGCGCAUCCUGAAGGGGCGUGUCCCGUGCCUGAUGGGAGACGUGGCAACACAUUACGUCAUCAAAGUGGGUCUGUGGUUGUUCUUGUUAUUAGCUUGUCAAGCUAGCAGUUAGUUUCUUCUCCUUCUUACGUGGACGUUAAAGGCUAAGGAGAUGAUGGAAGAGAGCGGGAUUGAGACUACGCCUCCAACCAGCCCGACACUUUCUGUGAGUGCAGCAGCUUUAGUCAGCUCUCCACCAAUGAGCAUGGGUCUGUCCAGCCCCGUUUUUCCUGCAGGCUCCAGUUCAGUGUCCAUUGGCUCCCUCUCAAUCAGUGCUCCACCCCAACCCGGUCCUUCCCUUCCUGCUUUUAGCGGUCCCAUUGCUCCACCGUCCAUUUUUCCUCCUCCAUCUUCACUUGCUCCUCCUUUCAGCACCGCCUCUCCCUUCCCCGCUGUUCCUGCCGUGUCAGUGCCCCCCCCGGCCUCUUCCACUGGACCACCGCCCAUAUCCUCUGGUGCACCUCCCGUCGGGCCGCCUCUUACCAACUACUUCCUGAGCUCAGGAUAUGAUAUCACGCGGGGUCAUGCUGGUCGAACACCGCAGACACCGCUCAUGCCAACAUUCUCCAGCCCUACCUCGAUUUCAGAUGUAGUGUCCAGCCCCAUGGUUCAGCAGCCUGUCAUGACAGGUGCUUUGGAUGCCAGAUCUCCUAUCACAUUUCCAGAGGAGCAGGAAGAUCCCAGGGUCUUUGGAGAGAACAAUUCCGGCGGAGGAAUAUGGGGCUUUUUCAAGGGAGUUGCAGGAAACACUGUCGUAAAAUCAGUCCUGGAUAAGACUAAACAUUCAGUAGAGUCCAUGAUCACUACUCUAGAUCCUGGCAUGGCUCCCUAUAUCAAGUCUGGAGGGGAUAUCGACAUUGUGGUGACUUCAGAUAAAGAGGCAAAUGUUGAUGCAGUCCGAGAGGCCUUUCAGGAGGUGUUUGGGAUGGCCAUGGUCACUGGGGAAAAUGGUCUGUCCAACAUUGCUCCACAGCCUGUGGGCUAUGCAGCUGGGCUCAAGGGGGCUCAGGAGCGCAUCGAUGGUCUCAGAAGAUCUGGGGUGAUCCAUGAGAAGCAGCCUGUGGUCUCUAUGGAAAACUUUAUCGCGGAACUCUUUCCUGAGAAGUGGUUUGACAUUGGCUGUUUGAUCCUGGAAGACCCGGCUAAUAACAUCAAAGUGGAGGUCUUCACCCAGGCAACUCCUUUGGCACUGGAACAUGUCCAGCAGGCUCAGUCCCAGACCCCUCCAGACUACAGCCUUCGUUGGUCUGGUCUUACAGUUACAGUAGGUGAGAUCCUGGAGCGCAGUCUGCCCAACAUCAAUAGAACAGAAUGGCAUUUGGCCAUGACAGGGAUGGCACAAAGGCAGAUGAUUCAGAGUGCUGCCAAAGCUUUGGCUGGAAUCUACAAACAGAGGCUGCCACCCAGAACUGCAUGAGGCUUUAUUGCUAUGUGUGUCAUCCACUGAGGAUUUGAUGACAUUUUGCAGAAGGAACUUAAGAUAACUGGUAGGUGAUGUCUCAUGUUAUUCCUUAAUGGGCAAAUUUGUGAAGAUCAGUGCUCAUUAACAUUCCAGCCCAACUGGAUUUUACUGUAGCGUAUCACUUACAAAGGUCCUCUUAAGAAGUAUAUACUGUAUAUCGUUUUAGCAUCUGCUCAACCUUUCUGAGAUUAUACUUUGUGAUGUAUAUUAACAAUUGAAACAUUCUUAUGCUGUCGUUCCCAAUAACAGUUGAAAAAAAACAAAACAGUUUUUGUGAAGCACAUGUAUGGUCACAGGCCGUAUUGAACCUAUUCCUUGUGGGUCAUUGUUUUGUAAAAAUCUAAGAUGGCCUCCACAAUAGCUCCUUUAACUUGUGAUAAACUGUACGUCCGCACAUUUUUUAUUAUUAUUAUUAUUAACAGUAGCAUCCGUGCCUCACAGUGUCUUUCGGGGGGGAAAUCUGGUCCUUGGAUAAAUGUACAGUAGUCAAUGACUCCUGACCUAGACUACGGACGUAUAAAACAUAAUGCCAAAAGAGUUUGCCUUAAUACGGUCUCUGCCACAUGAAAGAAUAAAAUGAUAAUCAAAUGAGGGUGUGUGUCUCAGGGGUAGUUCUUGUUUAAUUGGUCCACAGACUGUGUUUACACCCACAUGACGAGUGAGAAAUAGAUCUUUAAAUGUUACAUUGUGUUUUCUCAGGGCAUUCAAUCGAUCGCAACUGGACUGUUUGGUUUGUCUUAGAAGACGAUUCAUACGCCUCUCAUCCGAGUCUGCUUCAUCAGUUCGUGCUCAUACACUUAGAUUGGUGAGAUCUAGUCUUAGACUUAGAUUGUUUAGAUUUAGUCUAGCUGCUGGUGCCAAAACCCCAAAUAUUUAUACUCCAAAAACCAUACUUGCCAACCCUCCCGAAUUUUCCGGGAGACUCCCGAAUUUCAGUGCCUCUCCUGAAAAUCUCCCGAGACAACAAUUCUCCCGAAUUUCUUCCGAUUUCCAGCCGGACCUGAGUGAGGACAGCCUGUUGUCACGUCCACUAUUCCUCCUUAUAAACAGCGUGCCGGCCCGGUCACGUUAUAACAUCUACGGUUUUGGAGCUCAGUGCGCAACUGCACACACAACAAGAAGGAGACUAUUAUAUAUGUCUCCGUUAUCCACAGGUUUAUCUAUAACCCAUAAAGUAGGCAGGCACAGAGCUAUUUAUCAGUGUGUUUAUUCCAGCCGGCACGUUAAUUUACUGACACACAACAUCGGGAUUCCCAUCAUGCAUUGCUUCAAAACUACGGCACCUAGAAAUGUCCAAAAACAUAACAGAGACGAAGCAGAAGAACGAAGAAGAGACAGUCAUGGCGACGACGAGUAAGAAGAAGAAGUACGCUUGCAAUUUCCAAAAUGAUUGGAAACAAGAAUAUCAGUUCAUCCAGGACAACUCGAAGGGGAAGGGGGUUAGGGAGAGAUGGAAGAUUCCAGACUCUGGUGCAUUUGAUGAAGGCACUUUUGUGCGUGCCACACAAAAUGCAUCAUCAGAGAGGGUGUUCAUGGUUAGAAAGAUAGUGACAGAGAAUAGAACGAGGAUGGACAAUUCAACCCUAAACUCACUCCUUUCCUGCAAAUUAAAUUUCACAGAUGCUGCCCAUACCUA